GCCGGGCCCGCCGCCGCCGCGGGAUCGCGGCCCCUCCCCCGCCCGGCCCGGCCCGGCCCCACCGGCGGCGGGGAGCGGACACGCGCGGCGGCUGCUCGGUGGGACGUGCAGUCCGUGCAAUCAUCCACGAUGGCCCUGCAAUGUGGAUGACCAGCCCAGUCCAGGCCCUCACCUCAAUGGCCCCCUGAGGCCCUGCGUCCUUAACCUCCUGAACUGUAGUCCCUGGUCCUAUUCAAGUCCGGCAGUCCUGUAGGAGUGAGCAGCCCGAGUCCGUGGAGCAAGCAAGCAGAAGGAGCCUCAGGAACGCUGGAAACAUUCUCCCCAAACAACUCGGCAAAAUGACCAGCCUGUUCCGGCGGAGCAGCAGUGGCGGCAGCGCCGGUGGCGGUGGCAGUGGGGCUGGAGCACGUGGGGGUGGGGGAGGCCCUGCAGCCUCCGCUGCUGCCCCACAGGAACUCAACAACAGCCGGCCGGCCCGCCAGGUGCGCCGCCUCGAGUUCAACCAGGCCAUGGACGAUUUCAAGACCAUGUUCCCCAACAUGGAUUAUGACAUCAUUGAGUGCGUGCUGCGUGCCAACAGCGGUGCGGUGGAUGCCACCAUCGACCAGCUGCUGCAGAUGAACCUGGAGGGAGGCGGCAGCACUUGUGACGACAGCUCAGACUCAGAGGACAGCAUCCCUGCGGAGAUCUUGGAAAGGACGUUGGAACCCGAUAGCUCGGAUGAAGAGCCCCCACCUGUAUACUCCCCGCCAGCCUACCACAUGCACAUGUUCGACCGGCCUUACCCUCUGGCUCCCCCCACCCCACCUCCCCGGACUGAUGUGCUAGGCUCUGUACCCCCUUCAAACCAGAAGCGCUACCGGAACUGGAACCCACCACUGCUGGGAAACCUGCCUGAUGACUUCCUCCGUAUCCUGCCCCAGCAGCUGGACAGUGGUCAGGGUAACUUCGCAGGCCCCAAGCCUGCAAGCAGAGAGGGAGGCCCACCUCCUGUGCCCGGGCCUGACUCCAGGGACCAGGACAGCCGCUGGAAGCAGUACCUGGAGGACGAGAGGAUUGCACUCUUCCUGCAGAAUGAGGAGUUUAUGAAAGAGCUGCAGCGCAACCGUGACUUCCUCCUCGCCUUGGAGAGAGAUCGAUUGAAAUAUGAGUCCCAGAGAUCCAAAUCCAACAGCGUGGCCUUGGGAGGUGACCUUGGCUUUCCCUCUUCUGUCCCAGGAAACAGCGACACCAACCCCGCCGUGUCCGAAGAUGCCUUAUUCAGGGACAAGUUGAAACACAUGGGAAAAUCUACCCGCAAGAAGCUGUUUGAGAUUGCCCGGGCUUUUUCCGAAAAGACCAAGAUGAGGAAGUCGAAGAGGAAACACUUGUUGAAGCAUCAUUCGCUGGGAGCUGCGGCGUCGACAGCCAACCUCCUGGACGACGUGGAGGGCCACGCCUGUGAUGAAGAUUUCCGGGGAAGGCGGCAGGAGGCACCCAAACUGGAGGGGCUCUUGCGAGAAGGACAGUAAAAGAGGCUGGCAGCUGCUCUUCUGACCCGCUGGGGACACCGGCUGAGGCCGCCGCUGCAGCAGGACACACGGUGCUCACUGCCCGAGGCCCUCUGGCCAUCAGCCAGCCACUGCCACUUCCCGCUGGACCCAGCACGCUUGAGUCCUAGCCUGUGACUUGAGGAAGGACCUGGGGUCCACUUCUACAGCCUGGCUUUUCCACGGCCAGGAGUGGAAAUGGAGGAACCACCCUUUUAAAAAAAGAAAAGAAAAGAAAGAACCAGUUCUGGAAACAGGCCCAGGUUGCAGCUGGCAAGGUCAGGAUGACCCACCAGAGGCUCUUUGACUGCCAGACCUUCCUCCCUCCCUCC